AUGACUUACUAUAACACGGCACAUAGACCAACUGCGCCUUCAAAGUUUGAUUUCAAGAAAAUAAACAUAUUAACCGUAGGUGUUGGAAUUUCAAAUGAAUAUGUUGUUCUAUGGAAGAAGCAAACAGAAAAAUGAAAUACAAUUGUCAAUUUUGUGAGCACACUUCAGUUUGUUUUAAGUGGCUUAUUAAACAUAUGUGGGAUUUCCAUUCAUUAUCUCAAAAGUUUGCUGUUGUUUGUGGCGUUUCCAGUUGCAUAAAAAAAUUCAGAAAUGAGAAAAGUUUUCUGAGCCAUCUGAAAUUAAAACAUGGAAACUUUUACCUUAAUCAUACAACUGGUGUAACUGAUUUUCCUGAAGCAGUGGGUACUUCAAAGCAGACUGAAGAUGAUGUAAAUUAUGAGACACCCAUCAACAAAGAUGCUAAUGAGGUUGAAUUGGAUGAUACCUGUUUUGAUGAUGUAUCUGAAUGUUCACCACUGUCACUUGAUUUCGAUUCAAUCAUUGCUGAUAUACUAGUCGAACUCAGAGAAAGGUAUUAUGCAACUCAAAACGCUGUUUCAUUCAUUUGUGAAAAAGUGUGCAAUAUUCUUCGCAUUGAUAGAGAAGUGCACAAAAAGCAAAUUGUUAAUUCAUUAUAUGAUAAUCCUGGACCCUUAAUUCAUGAAGAGACAAAAAUAUUUCUUGAUUGUGAAAGUCCUUUCAAAAAAUCGCUUGAUAGAUUCCGCAAUGGGACAGUCUUGACUAACUUUGUUGCAAAAAAGCCUGAGUAUGUGGCCCCCAGUGAAGUUUUUCUUGGUUACAGUGACAUUGGUUCAAAAGAAACCAUGCAAUAUGUCCCCAUUUUCGAGACAUUGAAAAGUAUGUUAUGCCAUGAAGAUGUGUUGGGUGAAGUUUUACAGCCGGUGACAGUGGAAUGUCAGAAUGGAAGAUUGAUCGCUUUUCUGAUGGAUCAUUGCAUCAAGCUAAUUCCCUAUUUUCUCAUAAGCCAAAUGCACUACAAAUAGUCUUAUAUCAUGAUGAUUUCCAAGUUGCCAACCCUCUUGGGAAUAAAACACAUAAAUGUAAAGUUUCAGGAUUUUAUUUUAUAUUGGGAAAUUUAAAACCAGAGCACCGAUCAAGAUUGAAAGACAUUCAGCUAGCUUUGUUGUGUAAUGCAUCGUUAGUGAAAAAAUAUGGAUAUAAGACAGUAUUAAAUCCCUGCAUUGAAGACAUCACGAAGUUAGAAGAAUUUGGAAUUGAGAUUGAAUUUGAUCAAUCUUUGAUAAAGUUUUUUGGACCUCUUUCGAUGCUUGUAGCAGAUAACCUUGCUGCCCAUGCUAUUGGCGGAUAUUAUCAGAACUUUUCCACUGUGGAAAGAUUUUGUCGCGUAUGUAAUCGUGUGAAGUCAAGAAUUUGUGAUAUGACUUGCCAUGAUAUUUUGAGAACCAAGGAGGCAUACGAUGCACAAGUACUGAAAGUAGAAAAAAAUCCAGAGCUGACAAAAUUGUAUGGUAUCAAGGAAAGGUCAGUUCUGAACCAGUUAAAAUAUUUUCAUAUAACUACUGGUUGUCCUGGAGAUAUUGCACAUGAUAUUUUUGAGGGUUUUGCUGUGGAUUUUGUUUCAAUGCUGGUUGUUAUUUUUUUGAAAGAUAAAUUGUUAACAAUACCACACAUCAACAAAAAGAUAAAUUAAUUUCCAUAUGCAGAAGUUGAUAAAAGUAACAAGCCUCAGAUAUUGAAAGAUCGACCUUUAACCCAAUUAAGAUUUAAACAAACAGCAUGUGAAAUGUGGAACUUGCUUCGCUUGUUUCCAUUAAUGAUUGGCAAUGAUAUAGAUCAUGAUAAUGCUGCAUGGAUGUGCUUCAUUCAUUUUCUAGAUAUAGUUGAAAGGCUGUGUGCACCAUCUUUUAAUGAAGAGUUAUGUAAACUUGAGGAAGAAAUCAAAUUUUUUUUCGAAACAUUUCUUACAAUAUUUCCAGAUCACUCAAUCAAACCUAAAGCACAUUUAAUCACUCACUAUCCAAUGAAUAUUCGUCUAUUUGGUCCUCUUGUGAAGACGUUGCGGUUCGAAUCGAAGAAUGGCUACUUGAAGUCUUGUGUAGCUGCAUCACGAAAUACAAUAAAUUUAUGCAAAUCUAUGGCUGUACACCACUAAAUGCUGAUGUACUUGUCCUCGUUACCAGAGAAGUGUUUUGAUUUAAUAAAUAAAAAGUGUUCGAUUUUUGGUGAGUUUAUCAGUGAGGCGCGUGGCGUUACUCAUCAGGGCCAAAAAUACUACAGUGGAGAUGCUGUAGUUUUAUCAUGUUUUGCUGGCAAGGUCGAAUUUGGUGAGAUUAUAUCUGUUUUUAUUGUAUAUGAUAUACCCUAUCUUAUGUGCAACAAGUUGGAAGUAUUAUCUUUUGCAAAACAUUUCAAUUCAUUUUCCAUGAAAAGAAUUCCUGAUGUGUAUGCGUUAGUCAGGGUUGAUGAUUUGCAUGAUUAUUAUUAU